AUGUUGAAGUGGGUCCAAUCCGGCUUGUCCGUUGUAGCAGGCACUGCAGAGCCUGAAUAUGGUCCAGAUGCUAUUCACCCAGUUACCCAAUCCAUUGCCAAUGGCGAACCAACCUCCAGAGAAACUACUGGUGCUGACUUUGCUUGGAGAAAACCAUCUUCCACCAAUGUCGAAACGCAAACCUUCUACUACUCUGACUUGAAGUCGGGGUACACUGGUUUUGCUCAGGUGAUUCAUUCCAACAUCAUGGGAAUCAAGAAUACCGCACAGUUUACUUUCCGUCUUUACAACAACAAUUUGGGCGCUGAAGACCCUCUUUGUAUCUGGACUUCUACAGCAUUGGAAGACUUCCGCACCGAAGGUUCCAACUUUUAUGCCAAGGACUUGUCUAUUGAAUUGUCUGGCGAGAACUCCAAUGUGUACACUAUCAAGUCCAAAGUGUGUCCUAAGUCCGAAGUCGACCUUGUUGUUACUAAAUUAGUUCCAGGUGUAAUUUUUGGUGCAGAUGGAACAACCCUCUAUGGUGAUGACAUUGAAAACCCAUGGGGUGCCAUGAGACAUGCUUUCUGGCCUAGAUGUAGCGCCAAGGGUACUAUUAAAUUGGGAGACACAUCCCUUGAAAUUGAUGGUUACACCAUGUUUGUGAUGGCUUUGCAAGGUAUGAAACCUCAUCAUGCAGCAAAGUCGUGGAACUUUUUGAACUUCCAGUCGGAGAACUUUUCUGCUGUCCAAAUGGAAUUCACCACUCCUUCCUCAUAUGCUAACACCAAAGUUAACGUUGCUAUUUUGACUUCGAAGGACAAGAUCAUUGCCACAUCCAUUGACAAUGAAAUCAUCCAUGAAAAUGCUGAGGCAGAUAACGUUGGCUGGAAAGUUCCAAAAGCAAUCACUUUUAAUUUUACCGAGGGCACUAAUUCGGAAGUCAUUGCGACUGUAAGAGGUAACUUGACGAGACUUAUUGAACGCGUGGAUGUUAUGGCUGAAAUUCCUCAGUUUGUGAAGAACAUCGUCAGUGGUGUGGCUGGCACAAAGCCGUACAUUUACCAGUUCUGCAACACUUUAACUAUUGAGUACGAAGGUAAGUCAGAGGACGGUAUUGCGUUUAACGAAGCCACAUUCAUUUCUGAGUAA